AGUGUAGGUACUAUCUAAUCAACUAAUUGAAGUGCUUGAGAUCCAGUAUAAAAUCGAGAAGAUUCGGCGGAGUCCUCACUUUUUUGGGCAACAUGUUCAAGACUCUCUUGGUUGCAGCUCUCCUGGCUCUUGCCGUCGAAGCAAGACCGAAGUAUCGUGUUCCACGACUCGAUGGAAGAAUUGUAGGUGGUUACGACGUCAGGAUUGACGACCACCCGUACCAAAUUUCCCUACAAUAUCACGGAAGACAUAUCUGCGGAGGAUCGAUAAUCGCAGCCAACAAGAUUUUGACUGCCGCUCACUGCACGAUUCUAUACGAGGAAGCGGAUUUGAGCAUUCGUUACGGUUCGACCAUACAAGGGGAAGGUGGCUAUGUAGUGGCAGUUAAGGAGAUCAUGGAACAUGACGGAUACAAUUCCAACACGAUGGAUCUCGACUUUUCGCUGCUCACUCUCGUUUCCGAUAUCCAAAUGUACGAGAAGGCGCAAAUCGUCAAACUGGACGCUCGGGACGCCGUCGAAGGCGGUCGUACCGCUAUCGUAACGGGAUGGGGUGCCUUGUACUCGGGUGGGCCCGCUCCUACACAUUUGAAAGCUGUCGAGGUUCGCGAAGUGCGCAGAUCCGAAUGUAACAACGCUUACGGCGGAAAAAUCUCAAAGUGGAUGAUCUGCUUCAGUGCAACCAACAAGGACGCCUGUCAGGGAGACUCUGGCGGCCCCCUCGUUGCUGAUGAUGUACAAAUCGGUGUCGUGUCCUGGGGAUGGGGAUGCGCCGAUCCAAAAUAUCCAGGCGUCUAUUCCAACGUUCGGAAUGUCAGAGAUUUCAUCAACGUUUAAGUGAAGAAUUUUGUCACUUGACCCGGAUCUUUCCAAUUAUUUACUCAAUAAACGUAUAUUGGAAGGA